AACGAAGGCGUGUAAUCCGAGUGUGGUUCCGCCGUUAACCAGCUGAAUAUCCUAAUAAAUCGAUCAAUAAUCUUAUGUGCAAUGCUUGGAGGUACUUCCCAUUAGAUGUUGAUAACGAAGUGCACAAGGAUCAAAACAUAGAUCUAGACAGCAUAUCAGUCAGGAGCAGCGCUGAGAUGAGGGGUGCGUUGGUUCUUCUGUGCGUCUCCCUGUCUGCCCUGCUGGUCAGUGGCACUCUGUCGAAAACAGAUGCAAAGAAGUCCUCUAAAACUCUGGAGACGGAGACGACGCCAGCGGACCGUCCUGUGCAGGAGCGGGGACUGGUGGUGUCUGACGUCCAAUGGAGGGACAUCGUACGGGAGGAGAAGAGAUACUGCCCAAAAACCACGGGGGUCCGCAACUUUCAGGGCACAGUGCUGGGGUACAUCACACCAUGGAACUCGCCCGGCUACGACAUCACCAAGCUGUUCGGGCCCAAGUUCAGCUCUGUGUCCCCCGUGUGGCUGCAGCUGCGACGUAGGGGACAGGAGAGCUUCCACAUCACCGGGCUGCAGGACCACGAUCCCGGGUGGGUGAAGGCAGUGAAGAAAAGCAACAAGAAGAUGAAGAUGUUACCCCGCCUGCUGUUCGAUGGCUGGUCCUACCAAGACUACAUGAGCGUGCUCGACAGUGAGGACGAAAUCGAGGAGCUGGGCAGAGAGGUGGUGGAGGUGGCAAAGGCGGAGGGAUUUGACGGCUACGUCCUGGAGCUGUGGAGUCAGCUGGGGGGGAACAAAAGGAAGGAACUGGUUCACCUGGUGACGCACCUGUGUGAGACGUUGAAGGCUGCGAGGCUCAGCUGUGUGCUCGUCAUCCCUCCCCCUGUCUCUCCAGUCUCCGGGCAGCCUGGGAUGUUUGGGCGUGAGGAGUUCCAGCAGCUGGCCCCCGUGGUGGAUGGCUUCAGCCUCAUGACCUACGAUUUCUCCAAUCCCAGCAGGCCGGGCCCGAGUUCACCACUGCCCUGGGUGCGGGACUGUGUUCUGCAGUUGUCCCCUCAGACCCAGUGGAGGCACAAGAUUUUGCUGGGCAUCAACCUGUACGGUUUGGACUUCUCCAGCCAGGGUGGAGCUGAACCUCUGCUUGGGGGCAGGUACGUCGAGCUUCUGAAGGAACUGAAGCCGAAGUUGGUAUGGGACGAGCAGUCGGGGGAACACUACUUCAGCUACAAAAGGGGGAGCUCGGCUAAGCACGCAGUCUACUACCCGUCGCUGAAGUUCAUCCAGCUGCGACUGUCCUUGGCAUCAGAGUUGGGGACUGGAAUCUCAAUGUGGGAACUGGGACAAGGGCUGGACUAUUUCUAUGACCUCUUGUGACAGAAGAUGGACAAGGACAAUGAGGACAAUGUACCAACACCUUCUGCUCUGGUCUGAUUUUACUUACAGAGAGUGGAUGCAAGACAUCACAACUUGGGUCAAGUCAAUCAAUUGAUCUUCCUUCAGCAUGUCAAUAAAUAUCAUUACUUAAAGGACA